AUGGGUGUCCCGGCGCUUUUCCGAUGGCUCACCAAGAAGUAUCCCAAGAUCAUCUCUCCAGUGAUAGAGGAACAACCUUACGAGAUCGAUGGAGUGGUAUACCCCGUCGACACGACCAAGCCGAAUCCAAAUGGCGAGGAAUUGCACAAUCUCUACCUAGAUUUCAAUGGAAUUGUCCAUCCCUGUUCACAUCCCGAAAACAAGCCCCCUCCGGCCAACGAGAGCGAAAUGAUGAUGGAAAUCUUCAAGUAUACUGACCGGGUUGUGAACAUGGUGCGACCGCGGAGACUCCUCAUGAUUGCAAUUGAUGGUGUCGCUCCACGUGCAAAGAUGAACCAGCAACGCGCUCGACGAUUCAGGGCAGCUAGAGAUGCGAAGGAGGCAGAUGAAAAGAAGGCCGAGUUCCAAACGCUCCUGCGACAACAAACAGGCAAUAGGGAUGAGGAGGAUGACGACGAUUCGACGGUUGAGGACGUAAUCAAGAAAACAUGGGAUAGUAAUGUCAUUACACCUGGCACGCCAUUCAUGUUCAUUCUUGCUCAAUCCAUCCGCUACUGGGUCCAGUGGAAGCUCAACACUGAUCCUGCCUGGGCCGAGCUGAAAGUCAUCAUUUCCGAUGCCAGCGUGCCGGGUGAAGGUGAGCAUAAGAUCAUGCAGUUCAUUCGUUCUCAACGCUCCGAUCCUGAAUAUGAUCCCAACACAAGACACGUCAUGUAUGGUCUUGAUGCGGACUUGAUCAUGUUGGGCAUCGCAACCCACGAGCCACAUUUCCGUGUACUCCGAGAAGACGUCUUCACCAGGGAUGCAAAGGCCAAAACUUGCAAACUCUGUGGCCAACAAGGGCAUUACGCAGAAAAUUGCAGAGGUAACGCCAAAGCAAAGUCUGGCGAAUUUGACGAAAAAGGAACCACAGAAGAGCUCAAGCCUUUUGUCUGGUUGAACGUCCCUAUUCUCCGUGAGUACCUCGGCGCGGAAAUGCUUGUUCCUGGUCAACCGUUUCGUUUCGAUCUUGAGCGUGCUCUUGAUGAUUGGGUUUUCAUGUGUUUCUUUGUCGGCAACGACUUUUUGCCCCAUCUCCCCAGUCUCGAUAUCCACGAGGAUGGUAUCGACAAACUUAUUGCCAUUUGGAGAGACAAUCUUCCACUUAUGGGCGGCUAUGUGACCUGUGACGGCAAUGUCGAUUUGGCACGUGCUCAAAUCAUUCUCCAGGGGUUGGCCAAACAAGAAGAUGCGAUCUUCAAGCGUCGAAAGGAGAUGUCCGACCGAAGAGAGCGAAAUGAACGUCGUCGAGAGCAAGAGAAGGAAGCGAGAGAAGCUGCACGCAACCCAAAGAGACGUCGCAGCUCUCCAGAUUACUCCAGAGGCGGCGGCAGAGCUGAUGCGCGCGUUCCAACCGGACCAUUCGAGACAUUUGAAGCGACCAACUACCCGACUCUUGACUACAAUUCAAUUGUGAACAGAGGAGCAGUGGACAAGACGUCUGCUUCUAACAAGAGUGCCGCUGCUGUUUUAAAGGAGCAAAUGCUGGCAAAACGGGCUGGCGAAACCCCAACCAAGAAUGGCGCCAACGGUGUUAAUGGGAGCCCCAGCACUGAUGCGAAUACACCUGCAUCGGCACUGGGCAAACGGAAAGCUGGGUUGAUAGAAGAGGAGGAAGUAUCGGAGACCGGCACACCCGGACGCAACACACCUCUGGAGAAGGCAGGGGCCGCCAGUGAUGAGCCUGUUGAUCCUGACCUCGACACAGUCCGGCUAUGGGAGCCAGGUUACGCUGAUCGUUACUACGAACAAAAGUUCCACGUUUCACCCAACGACAUUGAGUUCCGUCACAAGGUGGCGCGCGCAUACGUCGAAGGGUUGUGCUGGGUUUUGCUCUACUACUUCCAAGGCUGUCCAUCAUGGACAUGGUAUUAUCCCUACCACUACGCGCCAUUCGCAGCGGAUUUCGUCGACCUUGACAAGAUGACGGUCAAGUUCGACAAGGGGACACCGUUCCGACCUUACGAACAGUUGAUGGGCGUACUGCCUGCAGCUUCCAACCACGCCAUUCCGCCCGCAUUCCAUCCGCUUAUGACUGAUGAAGAUUCCUCGAUUGUCGAUUUCUACCCAGAAGACUUCGACCUCGAUAUGAACGGCAAAAAGCAAUCUUGGAAGGCCGUGGUUCUUCUUCCGUUUAUUGACGAAAAACGCCUUCUCGCAGCGAUGGACACCAAAUAUCCUCUGCUCUCGGCUGAAGAACGAGCGAGAAAUGAAGUCGGGAAAGACGCAUUGAUUAUAUCCGACCAAAACCCUCUGUACGACGACCUUGCAAUGCAGUUCUACUCCAAGAAAGCGAAGGAUGGGAAAGAUUCCGUCAAACUUUCCAUGCGAAAGGGGAAGCUUGCCGGGACCGUGAGCAAAAACUAUGACUUCUUCCCUCAUAUGGAUCUGGUCGGACCGGAAGAAGAAAUCAAGUUGGAACCAGUGGUGGACGAUGAUCGGUCUCUGAACGUGCAUUUCACCAUGCCACCUCCGACCCAUGUGCACAAAUCCAUGUUAUUCCCCGGAGUCGUGCUGCCUCCUCCAGUCCUCGACAAGAGUGAUCUGGCUAUUCUGCGAUCCAAAGCGAGGAAUUCAGGUCGUGACUUUGGCGGCGCGCCACUCUACGACAAUACUCGGCGUGAUCCUCAAGACCAGCACAACAGAGGUGGACGUAUCAACUAUGCCGUCAAUCGACCACCUAUGGAUACUGGGGGUUCUGCUCCCGGACAUGGGCAAGACAAUCCGUUCGCCGCUUUUCUCGAUCCACGGUUUGCAGCCAACAUGCCUCCGCCGGGCCGUGGCCCCCCGCCUCCACCUCCACAAUCUCAAAGAUAUGGAGGCCAAAACGGUUAUGGAGGGUAUGCUGGCGGUGGUGGUGGUAGGGGUAGCCAGGGUGCCCACUACAACUACCCAAAUCAAGGCCAAGGUCAGGGUUAUUACGGAAAUGAAGCCCAGAAUCAAUAUUCAGCUGGGAGAAACGGAGACCAGCAGCAAUAUGGAGGCCGAAGCGUGAGCGAUGGCCACUAUCAGUACCCGGGCCAAGGACAAGGACAAGGUCAAGGCCAGGGCCAAGGUCGAGGCUAUCCACCCAGAGACGAUCGCCGUGGUAAUUAUGGUGGAGGCUACAACCAAGGUGGCGGCGGCGGUGGUGGUUAUGGUCGACGAUGA